AUGCCAGCAAAGACCAUUACCGAAUCUGCCCUGCAUGAUGUUGGUGGCAGCGCCUUGAAUGGGGUGGAGGGUGCUCCUGGGAAACAACUAGCAAAGCAUACCAGCCCCACAGCAGAACAUGACAAGCCAAAAGAAGAUCUAGAGGUUGCAGCACAGGUUGAAUUGGAAGAAACACAGGUUGGGGAAACUGAAGGUCAGGUUUCGGUGCCGAAGCAAGAGCCGGCUGAGGAACACAAGGGGGAAAAUAUGGAGACGGAGGCAAUGGAACAGGAUGAUGUUCCGUUGGGAGAGGGGGGGCAGCAAGCAGAUCCGCCAGCACCGACGAGCCAAAGCCCUGUGAAAGAACCACUGUCUAAGAAGGUCAAGUCCGAGCCUGCGUUGGGAGAGGGGGGGCAGCAAGCAGAUCCGCCAGCACCGACGAGCCAAAGCCCUGUGAAAGAACCACCGUCUAAGAAGGUCAAGUCCGAGCCUGCAGAAGCCCCCAAAAGCAAUGUCAAAUUGGAGCAGUGUGCACCUCCAGGUGAUGUUUCUGAGGAGCCGCCACUUGUCAUGCGGGUAGACCAAUGGGCCCAAAAACCGAAAGCAAAAGCAAAGCCCACAGCAAAAUGCAAAGCCGCAUCAAAGGCCAAGGCCAAGGCCAAAGCAGGUCGAAAGAAGAAGGUUGAAACAAUUGAGGUUGUUGAAUCAGGUGAUGAAACCCUGGAAGAGGCCCCAGCAGCAAGUUCCCAGGAAAAGCCAGCAGCUAAAGCAAAAGGUGCACCAGGCAGGAAACGGGCUUGCAGCAAAGACAAGGGUGCAGCCAAGGCCAAGGCAAAAUCAAAGGGAAAGGCAGCCCAGGAGGAUGAGAAGGAUGACAAGGAUGAGAAGGAUGACAAGGAUGAUGCAAAGCCCGAUGCUAAGAAAGACCCCCCCAUCAAAUAUAAGCCUGUCACCCAGGAUGGCAAAACUGAUAUCAACACAGCUUUCCAAUGGGACCAGGAGGAGGGGGUGACCAGUGGGGAUGGUGCUGAUUGCCACCCUGGAGAAUGUGAAGAGGGGGGUGCUGAUCCGGGUGAUGAUCGUCGUCCUUUGGAGCCAGCGGUGGGGAAGAAAUCCUUUGCACGCCGGCCUCCUCCCAAAACUUCGCCAGCAAAGGACAGGUACAAUGCUAUCAGGGACAUCUUUGCUUCCCAUGUGGAAUGGUGGGAAUGGUGCAUGGAGAAGUUUGCCGCUGAUGAUUCUUUGACGGAUUGCCCACCCGAGAAGUGGACUGAAGCAGCCACUGCUCAGGUGGAUACGUUCUUGGAGGAGAAUGGCUUGGUUUUUGUUGAUGAUUAA